AUGCCUCGGAAUAUCCUCAUUGUGGGCGCUGGCAUUGCUGGUCUCGCUUGCGCCAUAUCGCUUUCGAGGGAGCUGGGCUCCUCGAAUCCCGAUCUAAAGAUCUCCGUGUUCGAGGGGGCAUCUGGUCCUUCCGCCUCAGGAGGCGCCAUCAGUUUGACUCCCAUUGCACAGAACUACCUACAUCAGCUGGGGGUCUUGUCGGAGCUGAACCGGAUGGGUAACGAUGCGGGAAUUGAAGUCGAUAUCAUUGAGUUGUUUUCACUACGGUCUGGCCGUCGAUUAGGUCCCCUCCGGUUCACCGACGAGAAUGGCCGUGGAUAUGGGGGCUACAAGGGCCGUCGAGUGAUGCGCAGUGCGCUGUCGCGUGCUAUGCUGGCCGUCAUCCGUGACCUUCCGAAUGUGACGGUCGCCUAUAAUGCGAAAAUGGUGGGCGGUAGUACCACUGAUGAUAGCGUGACCCUGAAGUUUGAAGACGGUUCGGUGACCACUGGCGACCUAGUCCUGGGCUGCGACGGGGUGCAUUCCGUCACACGGACGCAGAUCGUCGAUCCCGGCAAUCGAUCGGAGUAUACAGGAAUUUCCUUCAUCCAGAGUAUCGCUGAUGCGCAGGAGUUCACAUUGCCAAUGCACUUUGACCAAUCCGCCGUGCAUUUUACCCGGCAUAGCUCGUUGCUCACCAGCUACUGCGACCCGGAUCGACAGAAGAUCUUCGCGGCCGCCAUCCUCCGCGUCAACGAGCAUCUGAUUGAACGGUAUCAGGCUGCUUCGGCCAACCCCCAGUCUGAGGCGAGCAUGAAGAUGUCCAUCCGAUACUUGGUCCGCACGCAAUUCGGCAAGUCCACCCUACCUAGUAUUCGGGAACUAGUCGAUCGCAUCGAAGAUUGGGCGCUGUAUCCUGUCUAUCAAGUACGACAGCGUGGGAAAUGGUAUACGGGGCGGGUCCUUCUGUUAGGGGAUGCUGCGCAUGCGAUGCCUCCUCGUGACGAAUCUGCCGCGUAUGCCAUCGAAGACGCCCUCAUUUUUACCCAGAUCCUCGCUCAGCACCGCGAUGACAACUGCGCCUUGCCGACCCUGUUCCAGGAAUACGAGGCUGCUCGAAGAGUCCUUGUGAACAAGGCCUUCGACGCCUCACGCAGACUGUGGCAGAGUGACCUUGACAAGGGGCUGUUUCCAGGCCAUGUACGGGAACUUAUGUCGCCUGUGCAUGUCUCCACGGCGACUUCCUCGGCGCCGCGCGGGACUGCGGCAACUCACGAGAGUUUCUCGGAUUUGUCGGUAUACUCGCUAACAAGGGAGUUUCAAGGCGAGAUCGAGUCCUAA